AUGCUUGACUUCCUGCUGUCACUCGCUGGAUUCGUACUGGUCGUGGUACAGUCCAAAACAUUCCGUAAUGAUUCUGUGCUCAAUAUUCCUGGAAUGGAGAUGAUGGCAUCCGACAAAUAUCCACAUUAUACUGUAAUCGAAUCAGUUAGCCGAACUAAAUGGCAUCGGCAUCGACGUGAAGUGAUCGCCGGACCGAUUUAUGAUUGGAAUUCCUAUGAGAUCCCAUAUCAAAUAUGGGGAGGCGAUUGUGAGUUGUUCCAUGUUGUUUGUUUUCCUAUUCAUUUUCAUAUGCUUCACUGA